GUAAUUGGAUAAGAAAUAUAGUAAAGUUUCAACAACGUACAAUGUUACCGUUAUAUUUAUUGACAUCAGCCAAGAGUAAAGAGAUCUUGAUAGAAUUAAAGAAUGGAGAGAAUUUAACUGGUGAAUUAGUCAAUUGUGAUUCAUGGAUGAAUUUAACUUUAAAGAAUGUUAUACAAACAAGUCCAAAUGGUGAAGAAUUCUUAAAGAUUCCGGAAAUUUAUGUUAGAGGAAAUCAUAUCAAAUAUUUAAGAUUACCAGAAGAAAUUAUGGAUCAUGCCAAAGAACAAAAUAUCUUAAAUAUGGAACAAAGAAAUAGAAAUCAAAAGAGAAGAGGUGGAAAUCAAGGAGGAAAUUACAAUAAUUAUGGUAAUAAUAACAAUAAUAAUAGAGACAGAGAUAAUUCAGGUAGAUUUGGUGGUGGAAGAGAUAGAGGACACUUCAGAAAUGAUCAACAACAACAUAGAAAUGGUGGUGGACGUAAUCGUUAUAACAAUAAUAAUAAUAACAAUAAUAACAAUAAUAAUAACUCCCAAAAUCAAAAUCAAAAUUAAAAUCAAUAAACUUUCAAUUCCCUCAUCAUUGUUUUAUUUCACCCAUCACUUUUUAACGUCAAAGGUUUUAAUGAGUCUGUAUAAUUUAUUUGCAUAGUAUUUCACUUCAUUCUUUUCUUUUCUUUUCUUUUCUUUUUUGUAAAUAGGAACAUUUCAUAUAAGAAUCGCUAUUCCGUACAUUCAGCUAAACUAAGCUAAACUAGCCUAGACUAAUCUAAUCUAAGCUAAGCUAAUCAGUUACAGUAACUCUUUUGGGCUGAUAGUGCGAAUCCACAAAUUGCAAAAAAUGUCAUUUUGGGGCAAUUUGAUCUUACGCUACUAAUCUUCUCUCCAUAAACCUCAUUCACUGCUAACUUCAAUUAGCUUACGUCAUAGCUUAUUAGUUUAUCACAUUAAUUUCUAUAUCUAUCCCAUUGCUCCUAUAAUAAUAGUUUUCUUUAUUAGUAUU